AUGCCGCCGCCUGCCACUGAUGGUGACGCGUCCAAGUGCCUACUACGCACCCCUCCCGGACGCGUUCCUCCCCCCGUGCGUGAUCCAACCCAGCCCGACACACGCACUUCCAACUCCAACCAUGCCGACACCGACCAGCGCAAACGACGAUCAUACGAGCCUGAACAAGCUGAACAUGACACGAUCUACCCACUCACACUGUACGACCUCAUGGGCGAAGGGACGUCGAUAACCACCGGAUGGCUCGUCCGCGGAUACAUUGACGUCAACAAGUUGGGGGAGGCGCUUGACCGGGUCGUUGAAAAGUGGCCUUUGUUGGGUGGGAGGCUGGAGAUGGUUGGUGAGCGGGGAUAUCAAAUACGCGUUUCACCACCCAACUCUUCUUCGUCCCAAGACCCCGCCCAACAACCACGAAAAUACGUUUUAACAUCUUCCCGCUCUACCCGCUCUCUCGCCCAAUACGGCGUAACACCAAGCCUUCUCAGCGGUCGAAUAACGCACAGUCUGCCACCCGAACUGUUCAUGCACGAGAAAGUGAGGAAGAACACGAUGUGGAGGAGGAUGAAGCAUUAUUGUGGGAAGCCGUUGACCUUUUGGCAUGUUACGCAUAUUCGGGGAGGUUCUGUCGGUGACAAAAGAGGGCGAGAGGUGAACGAGGAGGAGGGAGGGGCAGGGGAGGAGUACUCGUGCAUCGGCAUCCACUUCACACAUGGUCUCUUUGAUGGACUGGGAUUAUCGCUCAUCGUCCACGCAGUCGAAGCCGAGUUGAGCGGGAGGGAAUGGGACGUCCCACCACUCCCCUCCACCCCGGGCCUCCAGAGGAAUGCACUGGAAGACAUCCUGGAGGGGCUGGAGGGAGAGCAGCGGGUUCAAUGUGCGACCGAUUCGAAGAGGACGGUGGAUUCCGAAGGGGCUAUCGCGGGAAAGAAAUACAACGACAGAGAACAAGUCAGCGAAGGAAGCGAUGAUGACGAGUUCAAGUACCGUUCGUCGAUCGUGGGCCUUUGGUUCUGCUUCGUGUGGUUCGUCUACUAUAUGUGGCAGUUCUACUUCCAUAAACGGAAGAACUGCAUCGUCGUGCUUCCGAAGCGGGUUUGGGAGGGGUUGGUGGAGAAAGUUCGACGGGAGGCUGCCGCCUCAUUCGAGAACUCCCAUGGUAACUUGGAUGAGAGCGGUGAUGUGGCGGAAGGAGCGAGACUUUCGACUGGCGAUAUUAUUACUGCUUGGUUGAUCAAGACUAUAUAUUCCGAUACCAAAACGCCCCCUUCAAAACUGAUAAACACGACGGGGAUGGCGUCGCUCCGCCCAUACUUCGCCCCAGACCUCAACCACUACCCCCACAACUGCUUCAUCCCAAUCCCAUUCCCACUCCUCAAGGUGGGGAGGAUCAGGGAAGAAAGCGUACUGGGUCUGGCGAGGAUCAUCAGGGAGGGGAGGAAGAGAGUGAAGAAGGAGGAUGCGAGCCUCAUAUGGAGGAGGAUGAAGGAGGCUGUUGGGUGUAUUACGGAGGCGAAUCACGGUGACGCAGCAAAAAAGAAAGGGUUCCGAUCGUUCAUCCCUUUCGACGCCAAAGCGGACGAGCACAUCACCAUCUCCAACAUCUCUGUUGCGAGGGUUGUGGAUGUCGACUGGAGCGGCGCCAUCUGCCACACACGCUCCGGACUCAAUCAGGAGGGCCUCGGAAAGGUGAUGUGUCGCUACAAAUACAUGUUCGGCAGCUCGGAGAUUGUGUCGAACGUGGUAACUGUGGCGGGAAGGUUGGGAGAUGGAGGUCUUGUGCUGGAUGUGGUGUUGAUCGAGAGGAGGAUGAAGAAGCUGGAAGAGGCGGUGAGGAUGUUGGUACAAGAGUUUGGUGCGACGGUGGAUCGUAGAUAG